AAAUAUAAGAAGGAAAGUGAGUAAAGUGAGUAAACAAAAUAAGAUCCGAGUUGCUUGUACCAAACAAAGCUGAGAGCAGAAACUCGAAGCAAUUCAUGAAUGUGAAGAUGAUGCUCAGCCGCAGCUCAACAGGUAUGCUUUCUUCUCUUGCUGUUCCCCUCAUCAACAAUUUCAUGCCUUUGUUUCAUUCGAGACAAACCCAUCUAGGAAAUCGACCCAAAGUUGAGGAUGCCUUGAAGGCGUUCCAUGAAAUGCUUGUGUCCUCUGCCUUCUGUUGUCCGUUUUACUCAGAUAUUGGGUCAACUUGUCAAAUUGAAACACUAUUCUGAAGUAAUCUCUUUGAAUAGACAGAUGGGUCUCAUCGGAAUUGCUCCUGAUAUUUAUACUCUCUCUAUUCUCGUCAAUUGCUUUUGUCAUUUGAAUCAAAUGGGGUGUAGCUUAUCUGUCUUGGCCCAGUUCUUCAAAUUGGGUCUUCAACCAGAUGUGGUUACUUUCAGCACACUAAUAAAGGGACUUUGCAUGAGGGGUGACAACAGUGCUGCCAUUACUUUACUUCGGAAGAUGGAAGAAACAGGAUGCGAGCCUGACAUAGUUUCCUAUAGCACCAUCAUCGACAGUCUUUGCAAGGAUACACUAAUUGAUGAAGCAUUCAACCUCUUCUCAGAAAUGAUUACUAGAGGUAUUGCUCCAAACGUCGUUACUUACAACACUUUGAUUGACGGAGUCUGUUGGAUGAAAUGCUGAGUAAAGGUAUCUUUCCGGAUCGCCUCACUUUCAAUGUCUUUGUUGAUACAUUUUGUAAGGAAGGGAUGGUUGUGGAAGCCAAAAGUGUGGUUCAAAUGAUGAUUCAAAGACAUAUUGAACCUAAUGUCGUUACAUACAACUCACUUAUGGACGGUUACUGUUUGCGAGGAGAAAUGCACGAGGCAAGACUAGUUUUUGACCUUAUCAUUAGCAGGGGCUCCAUGGUUAAUGUUCGGAGUUGUAGCAUAUUGAUAAAUGGAUAUUGCAAGGGUAAAAAGCUCGACAAGGCUUACAAGAUUUUCAAGGAAAUGCCUCGUACGGAACUUGUUCCUGAUACCGUUACUUAUACCACUCUUAUUGAUGGUCUUUGCAAAGCGGGGAGACUACAAGAAGCAGAAAAGUUGUUCUCUGAGAUGCUAGGUUGUGGACAGCUUCCAAAUGUUCAAACUUACGCUGUUUUACUUGAUGGCUUGUGUAACAAUCAGCAACUCUCUACGGCAAUAGAAUUGCUUAAAGAGAUGGAAGCCAACAAAGUAGAACUUAAUAUUGUAGUUUACAAUCUUGUUAUUGAAGGUUUGUGCAAAGCUGGAAAAAUUGAAUCCGCAAGAGAUCUUUUCUGUGUUUUGUCAUCAAAAGGAGUUCGGCCUGAUGUGAGAACAUACACUAUAAUGAUUCAGGGCCUUUGUCAUCAUGGCUUAAUAAUUGAAGCAGAAAAGCUGCUGAGAGAAAUGGGAGGGGAAGGAUGUUCUCCAGAUGGUUGUACCUAUAACAUCAUUAUCCGAGGGUUGUUAAAUAACUGUGAGACAUCAUGGGCUAUGAAACUAAUUCAAGAAAUGCUUGAGAGGGGUUUCUCUGCAGAUGCAUCAACAAUGGAAUUGAUUGUUGAUUUAUUGUCGAAGGAUAUAGUAGAUCCGGCUUUGUUGCAGCUGUUAAAAGAUUCAUGAUAAAGUUGAUUUGAACUCUAUUAUGCUCAGAUUCAGAAGUUUGAACUAGUUGGCUUAAGGUAACUCUUGGAACUCAACCUGUAAGGUUGCUUGAUUGGUAGACUAGAACCUGACAGGCACAGGAAGGGUUCUCUCAGGAAUUGUAUAGAGACCUUUUAGAGGCAUAUUCAAAUAUCAUUUUGGGUCUUGUAUGAAUCUGGUAAUGUAAUAAAAUUCCAUCUUUAAUCGCAAAUAUCUAUUUCCACUUACCUAACAGCAGGAGGUUCAAUUUAGUCUACAUAGUUGACAGUGAGGCAUUGAGUAAAUUCUUAACCUGUAACUAGUCUGCAUAUGCUAUACUAGUAUACUUCUCGUAUUCAUCAAGUUCCCAUUGAAAAAGGAUCCACACAAGCAAAAUGAAGUAUUAGACCUUGUUGUUCCCUGAAUCAAAGGAAAUAAUCAAUAAAAGAAUAACAAAUUUUAGUUUUUCAAAGAAAGGAUCUGAACAGUGAUCCAAUACAGAAGUCUUGCUGCUGUUUUCAAGUUAUUUGAAUAAUCAUGGCUACUAGUUGGCGGAAAUUUUUUUUGUAUACAUUGUGCUUUGAAUCAAUUUUCUCUUCAUCUAAAUGCUGGCAUCUAAAGCAAGGACUGGAUCAUGAUUUCUUUGAGAAGUACUGGGCUGGGCUAAUGGCAAAGCUAUUGGGGAAAGAUUUAAUAUGAAACCAAACGAUUUUGGAGUGAGAUAACCCAAAAAGUAGUGUAUAACUGUAUCCUCUCUGCCUGCUACAAUGCUUUGUCUAGACUCUGAUCCCUUGAGCUUUCCGAUGCUUGUGCUCUGAUGCUUAGUUGAAUAAAUGUUGAUAUGCAGGUAUAUGUUUGACUCUACAAAACAGGUAGCAGAACAACUCAGAAGCAUUGAGAAGGAGGUUGUCAUCAGCUGAUACAAAACAUUUUUACAACAAUCAUCUCCCAAGUGUCCGAGAGUUGCAAUUCGUGUUUGGGUUGCAACACAGACUUGAAGAGGCUGAAGCACGGCCAGAGUCUCUAGAAGUCAUUGAAGACCUUGCAGCCUUUAAGAUGUCAUCUGAGUUCUAUCAUAGCAUUUGUUGAAAAAUACCAGACGAUUUCUGAAUAUUUGAUGGGAAAUGAACAGUUAGAAACAAUUUUGGUCUUAAUUUCUUGUGUUUUUGGUCUUAAUUUCUUGUGUAUACCAGGUUUUAUGUGGGAUAAUUAUAAUCCACCAGGAAGAUGAAAGUCAAAAUCAAAAUCAUUCACCAAUCACCAUUAUGGUGAGGGAUUGCAGAUAACGUAAUUGAUUUAUUCGAUCUUUAAGUGAAAUCA